CCGAGGUGCCGCCCGCCACCGGUCUGCUGUACGUGCCCGGCUCGUACCGGUGUGCGCCGGAGCCGGCAGCGCAGGCGCGCCACCUCUUCGACCCGAACAACCCGGGCAGGGCGCUGCAGGUCACGCCGAGCGGGGACGCCGGCCGCCGCGACCGCUACCCCAGCUCGUCGUUCACCGGGUCGGACAGCCUCUGCUCGACGUACACCGAUGAGGCGGCUGCCUGGGCCGACCCGUUCAGCAUGCCGUCGAGCGCCACCAACGCCAGCCGCGUGUCGCAGCUGCUGGGCCGCGCCACCGGCGAGAUCGAGUACAUCAUCGCCACCGAGCGGCUGCUGCAGUCGUGGACGGCCGUCACCCGCAUACGUGAGCACGUGCAGCAGGAGUGCGCGCGCCUGAUCGUCAGCGACCUGCGCACCUGGAUGUCGCUCGGCGUGGACCAGACGGUGUGGAAGGCGCUCUACUACUGCGUGAUCGAAGCGCUGCGCUCGGCCGACCAGGAGGCGCACCAGCCGGCGCUCCACGCCAUCAUAGACGACGGCGUCGAGUUCUUCCUGGGCCUGCUGCGUAGCGUGCAGACGGCUUACAACCUGCCAGUGGAGAAGCUCAGCUGGCUGACGUUCGACCCGGCCAAGAUGAUCCGACAGCGCUACUGCUCGGUGGUGAUGGCGCUGAGCCAGCGGCUGCUGCUCUGCCUGGGCGACCUGGCCCGCUACCAGCAUCAGCUGGGCCGGCUGCCCAACUGCAGCCAGGCCAACAGCUUCUACGUGCAGGCGCAGCGCAUGAACCCGAAGAACGGCAGGCCGUUCAACCAGCUGGCGAUCCUGGCGCUGUACGCGCACAAGAGGCUGGACUGCGUGUACUUCUACACACGUGCUCUGAUGGCAUCCAAUCCGUUCCACACGGCUAAGGAAUCUCUGUUGUCACUCUUCCACGAGUCCAGUAAGAAGUACGCGGCCCGCUCUCCUCUGCCGGGCCAGAGUCAGGCCGCCGAGCCGGCCACCGAGCGGCGCUCCGACCGCCACACGGACCUGCGCACCGAGACCUGGGUCCACCCGGGCCGCGGCGAGAGACUGCUGCGCACGCUCACAGCAGAGGACGACGACGAGGACGAGCACCCCGAGCUACGGCAGACCAGCGACGCUGACCUGAUGAAAGCGUUCACUACCACAUAUCUGCACGUGCAGGGCAAGCUGUACACUCGGAUCAGCCUGGAGAGCUACCAGGAGGACGCGUGCGUGAUGCUGCGCCAGUUCUCGGAGCUCCUCUCGCGCGAGCCGAUGCCGCUCAAAAUGGCCGACAUGCUGCACAUCCUCGGCAUCAACAUGUUCAACAUCGCCAACACCAAGCUGAAAGACGAGAGACUCGGGUCGGACUUGCGAUCAACCUAUCAGGAACUGGCGCUGGCGGUCGCCAUAGAGAUGGCCGGUCACGUGAUACAGCGGGCCAAUCAGCUGCUGACUCUUCAGGCCAAGCAGGGUCAGGCGGCCGACCGGCUCUUUCCACUCUACUCACUGGAGACUUGUAUCGUCUUCAUCAAGGUGUGGACCGACUGGCUACUAUGCUCGGGCAGCAUCUGGAACCCGCCGCCGUGCACCAACGACUACCGAGUGCGGGCCGUGGGGGACUGCUGGGCGUCGCUGGCCGAGCUCACCAACCAACUGCACGCCCUCGACGUCAAGACCAUCGCUCUGGAGCCCGCCGGCGCUCCAGGUGAUACCGUUGUCCGUCUGCCGGAGGAUCUGUUUCUCCAGGCGUUCAGUCCUCUGAUCUGCGCCAACUACCAGGUGGUGUACGCCGACACCACCGCUUGCAGUCUGGAGCUGGCGCGUGACCUGCUGCGGCUGCGGCGCAUCACGUUCGUGACACAGGAGUACCUGUGCGGCACGGAGCCGGCGGCGCUGCGCCUGCUGAAGGCGGCCGACGGCUCGUGCCGCUACAUCAGCCAGGUGGCGUCGCACACGGCGCCCGAGCCGGCUGCCCAGCCGGAGGCCACGUCGGAGCCGGACGUGCUGGUGGAGUGGUCGGAGCCGGUGGCACCGGCCGCCCGACCGCCUGACGAGCCGGCGCCCCAGAAGCUGGCGCUCGAGCGGCGCGCUCUCCGCCAGGAGGAGCACAGCAGGCGCGUCCAGGCGAUCGUGUCCUCGGCCUCUGCCAGCGUGGUGAUGGAGGUUCGGCCGCGUUUCCUGGUGGCCGACACAAACUGCUUCGUCGACUACCUGGACGAGCUGCGCAGGCUGGUCAGCACGCACAGCGCCUACACUCUGACCGUGCCCGUGACUGUGUCGCCCGAGUUCGCCAUCAUCAGCACGGAUAACACGGCCCGCGACGCGCUGGCGUUCGUGCGGCAGCGGGGCCAGCCGCAGGUGCGCUGUGUCACCAGCCGCGGCCACCUCCUCAGCUCGGCCAUGUUCACCGCCGAGCAGGACUGCGACGAGGCCACCAACGACGACCGCAUCCUCAGCUGCUGUCUGAACCUGGAGCGCGGCGUGCGUCACGUGACCCGUGAGGUGGUGCUGCUCACGGACGACCGCAACCUGCGGCUGAAGGCGCUCUCGUUCGACGUGCCGACGCGCACCGUGCCCGACUUCCUGGCGUGGGCGUCGUGA